AUGGCAUUCGAUCUGAUCGUCGGCAUUGACUUUGGCAUGAGUGGCACGGGAGUCGCUUAUCACCAACCCGGGACCGCUCCUGACCCGACCAAAAUCGACGACGUGACCUACCUCAUGUGGGGGAUCGACAAGACGAUCGAGAAAGUCCCGACAAGACUCGUAUACACACAAGACGGCCACAGGAGGGAGCUCAUCUCCUGGGGAACGGACAUUCCCGCGGACAACAAGGCCAUUCUUGUCGAAGAAUGGUUCAAGACAAAGUUCGGGGAGCCAGAUGCUGACCAAGCAAAAGUCGAGAAGCUCUUUCUCGACUAUUUGAGUCGACUGCAUUCAGAGCUGGCCCGGCGGUUCACCCGCGAUGUACUGUCCGGGAAACCCUGGGCCGAGGCAAACGUUGCUGUCUACCUCAGCGCACCCAGCAUCUGGGAUGCGGCUAUGGUCGGUCGUUUCAAGGCCUUGGUCGAAGACGCAGGCUUUGGCCAAGCCCAAAACGCUGUCCACGGCAGCGGUGUUCGUACGGUUGAUGUCAGUCUAGUCGAGCCACAAGCAACGGCAGCUCUCCAUCUCUGCACAAAAAACACGCCGGUCAAAUUCAAUGUCAGGAGCCCCAAGCUUUGUCGCUCAAUGCUUGCUGACAACUGUUGUUUAGAACGGACAGACUUCUCCCUCCUGAGAGUUAAGAACGAUGAGCGGGGUGCUUCUCGGCUGGACGAGGAGUCCCCUGUCCAUGGCGGCAGGAUUGGGUCCUCUUACAUUGACCAAGAGCUUCAAACCCGCAUCGUAGAGGUCAUCCAACCCCACAGUCAUCUAUUCAACUGCAAAGUUGAAAAGGUGGCAUGGAGCAUGAGAAGCAGCGACGCCUUCCAGGAAGCCAAACACCUCUUUGGGACAGACGAGGCACAGCCAGGGAUUCCUGUGCCUCACCUGAAGGACCCUGGAAGCAGUCUGGGCGAUCGGAUUCAGGAUGGAUUGCUGAUAGACAUCCAGCAGCACUAUCUGUUGCUUUCUGGAGGGCUGGGUAGCUCAGCCUACGUCCAAAAGAAACUCGGGGAAUUCUGCACCAAGGAGGACCGCCUCAAGAACACACGGGUGAUAGUGUCCCGUCACCCUCGCAUGGCCGUUUCAAUGGGCCUUGUCUUUGAUGCUGUGAGCAACCGGUCAUUGUUGGCCGAGGUCUGUUGUCGGAAUUCAUUCGGCCUGGUGUUCCGGAUGCCAAAUGACAACUCGCUGGUGUCAAGAUGGACAGCAAAGUUGAAAGGGUUCAAGCUAUGGGGUUUGCGUCGCAAGCAAGACCCUCUCACUAGUGGUGUCAAUUGGUUCAUCCAGCAAGACGAUAAAAUUGUCAACGGUGAAGAGAAGUCCUAUACCUACAAAGCCUGCUUCAAGGCUGGUGGGCCGCGCGUCUGCGACAUUGAAAUCAUUGCAUCUUCGAACGAGACUCAAUUGUCAUCCGAGAAAGAUCACCCGCAAAGUCGUAUAUUGAUGCACGUCGACUUCAAGCAUUCGACCCCAUUCACAAAAUCUACCACCUGGCGGCGAGAAUCGUACGUCACAUUUGCUUUUUCGGUCAAGGCGACCAUUGAGCCGGCUGAGGUGAAGUUCCGCUGUGCAAGGGGAAGGAGCUCGCGAUACCGUGGUUACCUGGAUACCAAGGACAAGGUUUCAGGCAAUAUUCGAUUCCUUUUCAGGCUUCUUGACAAUGUCCAAGGCAAAACCGUGUGCUUUUACCUUGAACUCUCCACAACCUACCCUACUGCGGUCCUGAACAGAGUGGGGUUGGCCACCAGCAGGGAGAUCACCAGCGCCAGGGCCGAGCUUCUCUUUUCGGGAUCAUCUUCCUGCAAAGAGCAUCUUUCUUCCACUCUGCGGGUACCUGCUGGGGAGAGAAUACAAAAUCGGGGAAAUCUAAAGUUUGGUAGCUCGAGCCUAACUUGUUAUCCGAGCCAAUAA